AUGGCCGCCGCCGUAGCAGCAGGUAACGAAAGCGAGCUGCAGUCUGCUGCUGCUCUUCAGCCCCCACUCACCACCGCAGCCGCAGCCGCCGAUGCCCGGCCAGUGGCUACACUAGAUCCGCGGUUCUUGAUGGCUGCUCGCCGCGGCGACAGCAAGGCGCUCAAGGACCAGCUCCAGCUCAACGAUGACGACGGCAACGACGACCAACAAGGUGAAGACACACGGGCGGACGACGAGGGGAGCGGGACACCCACCACCGAUUCUGCAGCGUCCGCGACCACGUCCGUGGAAGCGGCACCAUCGAUAUCACCGCCGGACCACAUAGUGGAUGUGGAUCCACGGCGUCCUGACGCUGUUGCUGCGCAUCUGCCGCCACCACCGCCGGUCCCGGUCCUCGAUGAGGAUGGGGUGACCACCGAGGAGGGCUCACUGUUGGUCCACAGUGAAAUAGUGGAACAAGUCGUCGUCGAGCCACCGCCUCCUCAUGAUGAUGUUGCGCCGCCGGCGCGGCAGCCACCAGCGGCAGCACCAGCAGGAUCGUUCCCAGCAGCAGUCCCGGUCCUCGAUGAGGAUGGUGUGACCAUGGAGGGAGACUCCCUGCUGCACGUGGUUGCGGCAUGCGGCGACACGCAGGAGUUCCUUGACUGCGUUGAUGUUAUCGUCCGCAACAAGGAGAAGAAGGGCGGUGCUGGUGGCAAGCGCCGAGCACUGGAAGCGCCUAACAACAAGGGCGACACGCCCCUGCACUGCGCUGCCCGUGCUGGGAACGUCAACAUGAUGUCUUGCCUCGUCGAUCUGCUGAUGGAAGCCACCGCCGCCGACGAGGCGGCGGUGAAGAAGUUCCUGAGAAGGAAGAAUAGGUGUGGGGAGACCGCGCUGCACCAGGCGGUCCGCGCCGCCAGCAAGGCCGCCAUCGACAAAUUACUUUCCGUGGAUCCAGAACUGGCGUGCAGCAGUAGCCGGGCCCGGGAGGAGGAUGCUCAUGCUGGUGCUGCUUGCUCCCCGUUCUUCCUGGCCGUUUCAUUAUGGGGUGAGCAUGAUGAAAUGGAUAUCGCACGCCAUCUCUUCGUUAAAACAAGGCGUAGCAUCAGAAGCGAGCUAUCCUACUACUGCUCCGGACCAGAUGGACGGAACGUCUUGCACGCGGCUGUUUCACGUGCUAGCGUGAAAACAGUUGUUCUACUCUCGCAGCUGCUGACCAGCGUGGAAAUGGAAACACCACCUGGUCUGCUGCUAGUCUCGCAGCUGGCCAGCCAGAGGGACAAGGAGAACGGGAGCACACCUCUUCACUUCGCUGCAUCCCUUGGUGGCUUGCCGUCGUCACCGCUAGUUUUAGGCGGGAGCCGCUACUGGCAGAUACUCCCGCUUAUGCCAUCCCUCGUGCUGAAUGCUAACGUGGCCAUGGCAUAUCAGCCGGACAAGACAGGUCUGUACCCUAUACACGUCGCUGCAGGGAGUGGCAGCCUCCGCGUCGUGGAGAUGCUGCUGAAGAGGUGCCCGGACUGCGCCACCCUGCGGGAUGCCAAGGGAAGGACGCUCCUCCACGUCGCUGCAGAGAAGGGUCGCUACAACGUGGUCACAUAUCUUCUAGUCGUCCAACGCCUUAUUGGGAACCAGCAGGUGCGCUUGGAUGUACCCAAUAAUGUGGGCAUGAGGCCUAUUGAUGUUUCAUGGACCACCAUGCCACUAGAGGCCUAUUACGCAUGGGAUCCAAGAAUAAUGAUACGUAGAUCACUGUUACGAUUAGGAGCUCCCUAUGGUGAAAAUAAUCGGGGCGACCUGUUCCGCAAAAAAUGCGUCCUCUCCAACCAAGACGAGGAGAAGAAGAUGUCGGAGAAUCUAACAGCUGCAGCACAAGUUCUAGCCCUUUUCUCCGUUCUCAUUACAACCGUGACAUUUGCAUCAGCUUUUACGUUGCCCGGAGGCAGCCGAUCAGCCGGCGACGGCACUGGUGGUGGUGUCGCCGGCACACCGGUGCUUGGCAGGCCCCGGAGGAGCUACGCUUUUGAUGCGUUUAUCCUCGCCGACGCCCUGGCGUUUGGCUUCUCUCUCUUAGCUACCUCCCUCCUGCUCUAUGCCGGGGUGCCUGCUGGGACCCUACAGGGACGCUUCCGACUCAUUAAUUUUGCAUACGGCUUGAUGUGGCAUUCUGCAAGGAGCCUGCUGGCUGCGUUUGGCCUGGGGCUCUUCGUGGUCCUGCUUCCAGUUGCCCGCUCCAUUGCAAUUGCGGUCGCUGUCUUGAUGGUUUAUCUUGCAGCUGAGAUCAUUAAGGAAUCCGAAGGCAUCAAUUCUCUGGGUGACAUUCCUAUGAUUGGAAUUGGCAGAAGUCGACAACUGUCACCACGCGACCGAGUGUUAGGCUCGAUUCUUUUUGUCUACAACAACUUCUGGUCCUACGUACUAAUCUUUGGCUUCCCAGCAAUUCGAAGGUGGCCAAGGUUUUCCUUAAGUCCUUAUUAA